GACUUUCUGAUUGUGUUUGUGAUUGUAUUGAAUAGUACAGUAGAAAAAUACAAGUAGAAUAAAUAUUGAAUCGAUACAUUUAAUUGUAAUUAAUUUGUUUUCUAAUAAAGGAAACAGUUCCAAAAGGUUAUGAAACGAAGUUGAUGUAAAUACAAAGUGUAGAACAUUUAUAAAAAUGUUUUUAUUAUAACUAUUAAAAAUAAAUAGUUGACAAUAAAAUGAAUUUAUUAGUUACUUAAAUAUAUAAAAUAAAAAAUAUAAAUAAAAGCAGUGUACAAGUAAAAAUUACAAAACACUCAAAAUGCAUGGCAAAGUAAAAGUUCGAACAAGCGCAGAGCAAGAGGCAUUGAAAAAGAAAGAGAGGGCUAAAAAACUUAUACAGUAUAAAUUUAACAUGAAUAUGGUGUUUGAAAAAAGGAAAGAUCAAAUUUAUGACGACCAGUUAAUGAAAAUUACCGAGUGUUUGCUACUAGAGCAACCAGAUAUUUAUACAUUAUGGAACAUUCGCAGAGAAGCAUAUACGAAUAAUCAAUGGAGCGAAGAAGUUUUAAAAGAAUUUCAUCGUCAUGAAUUAAUACUUACUGAAAACUGUCUGAAACAAAAUCCUAAAUCAUAUUCUGCAUGGCACCAAAGAAUGUGGAUUAUGGAUCAUAUGGAUGAACCCGACUGGAAAAAAGAAUUAAUGUUGUGCACUAAGUAUUUGCAUUUUGACGAAAGAAACUUUCAUUGCUGGAAUCAUAGAGAAUUUGUUGUGCAAAAGGCAGGAAUUUCUCCCGAAGAGGAAUUAAAAUUUUCUACCUCAAAGAUUCUAAAUAAUUUUUCCAAUUAUUCUUCUUGGCACUACAGAAGUCAACUUUUAUCGAAAAUAUUUAAUAAUUGCAACCAACAGGACAUUGAUAAGAAAAAAGAAGAUGAAUUGGAUUUGGUAAUGAACGCUACAUUUACAGAUCCUAAUGAUACUAGCGCCUGGUUUUAUCAAAGAUGGUUAUUAAGUACUCAUGAAUUUUCUCCUACUCUUUCACGAGUUUUAUUAAAAGAUAAUAAUGUAAUUCUGUUCGUUGAUAAAAAUAUAUCGAUAGAAUCAAUAUGUUUGCAAAUAAACAAUGAAAAUGAAAAUGUUCUGUGGAAAUCUUGGCAAAAUACAAAAUUUUCUAAAUUGUGGUUUGGAGAAUUUAAAACGCAAUUUAAUGACAUAAAGGAAAUCACGAUUGAUAUCGAAGGACAGCGUUACCCUUUAUAUUAUUCUAAUCAAAAGUGGAUUUAUAAAAAGAAGAAAUUUAAACCUCAUUGUAACGAAGACCAAUUAUUGGGACAGUUAUUGAAUUAUAAGCAACUUGCGGAAUUAGAACCUGAUAAUAAAUGGGCUCUUCUUACCGGUGUACAUUUAAUGAGAAAAAUCGACUUUGAAAGAUUUAAUAAUGACAUUUUCACAAGUUUGAAUGCUCUUCUCAAUAUCGAUUCUCUUCGGAUUAAUUAUUACAGAGAUUUACGUAAUAAAUAUGUAAUAGAAUAUAAAUUGUAUGAAUCAUGGAGCACAGAAGAAGAUGAGGAAAUAAAGUCAAAAAUUGAUCUUUCUGGGUUAAAUUUAACAACAUUGAGUAAUAACGAACACCUUAGUUUUUUCGAAGAAGUAAAUCUCGGAGCAAACUUCCUGUCAAACUCCUUGCAUGAGUUACAUUUUCUACAAAAUUGUAAAAAAUUAUCGUUGUCGAGUAACCAGCUGGAAAGUUUGAAAAAAUUUCCGACGUUACAAAAUCUUGAGGUUUUAUCGUUGAGAAAUAAUAAACUAGAAAAUUUUGAUGAAAUAUUACAAUUACUGAAGAAACAUAAGUUAAAGUUCCUCGAUUUAAGAGAAAAUCGCGUUCAUAAUAUUACAGAAUUGCAGAGCUCUGUUAUGGAUAUUGAUCCGAAUUUAAAGUUAUACUUGGAAUAAUUUUAAUGAUACAUGUAUUGAUGCAAACGUAUUGCUAUAAAUACAUGAUAAAAUAUACACUUAACGGUCUGGUUACAGGUGGUAUGAAAAUCCUGCAUCGUUUAUUUACUAUUAUACAAUGAUCUCGUU